ACAAAUGCAAAUUUUGCCGUAAACUACGUUACAAUUGCCUGAGCUGAUGGAUAAAAAAUAAUAUGAUACAGAAUCAAAUCAGUAUCAAACAUAAACACGAACGUAGAUAACUUUUUGUUGUUUUACGUUAUUUUCGGGUGACCCUCGGUUCAGGCAAACGAAUGUGUAAGUAGCAUAGUAUCACUGCAGUGGUACAUCUGGUCUGUUCCAAGUUUUCAAAAUUUUCCUCGCGAAAGCUCAACAUACCUCGCAAGGGGGUUUGUAGAUCAAAAUGUAUAAUCUUAUCGGUGGACAGUGGUGUGAUAUAUUCAUUAGCCAAGCACAUCUAUCAUGUUGCUAGGUAAUGUGCUGGCAGUCGAUAACCACAUUGUGCAAUACGAGCAGUGUCUAAAUUAGGAAAAUAAAUCUGUGCAAUCCUAGCUGUAGUGAUAAUGAAUCCUAGAAUUUUAAUAAUUGGUGCUGGAGCUGCAGGGGUCGCUGCGGCCACGAAACUAAUCGAAAAGGGAUACAAAAAUCUUACCAUUCUGGAAGCCGAGAAUCGAAUAGGUGGAAGAAUUCACACAAUUCCCUAUGCAGCGAACGUGGUGGACUUGGGAGCUCAAUGGUGUCACGGUGAAGCUAAUAAUGUAUGUUACGAAUUGGGCUCAAAAUUCAAUGUAUUCGAUUCCAACUCAGCAAAGUAUGAAAAUUUUAUUCUAACUAAAUCCGAUGCCAGCCAGGUGCCGAUAGAGCAAAGUGAAAGGCUAAUGGGCUUGAUGUGGUCAAUACUAGAAUCGCACAAAAAUGAACUUAGCCAUUAUCGCGGCUCACUCGGUUCCUUUGUCGUAGAGAAGUUUAGGUCAGAAUUGGAAACACCGGAGUACGCAGACAUAGAUCAUGAAACAGCUUAUCAGUUUUUGGAGUUCUUUCACAAAUUCGAGAAUUCGAUCGAAGCUUCCGACAGCUGGUUCGAUACGUCGGGACCAGGAUAUCUACACUACUGGGAGUGCGAAGGUGAUACUCUGUUAAAUUGGAGGGAUAAAGGAUAUAGAACAAUUUUGGAGAUAUUAAUGAAACGAUACCCCUUGUCAGCUGCCGACGAUCCUAUAAAUUUGGAAGAUUACACCUAUUUCAAUAAAGUAGUUUCGAACAUUUGUUGGAAUUCUGGUCCGGAUAGUAUCGUGUCAGUUCGAUGCGCAGAUAAUACCGUUUACGAUGCAGAUCAUGUUAUCUGCACGGUUUCGCUUGGUGUACUAAAGGACCGUUAUGAAACACUGUUUACUCCGGAAUUGCCUGCCAUCAAGAAAAAUGCUAUUCAAGGACUGACUAUUGGAACAGUGGACAAGCUGUUCCUUGAAUUCGAGAAACCUUUCUGGUCAGAAGAAUGGCAAGGAGUCAGUCUUCUCUGGAACAAAGAUGAUCUUGAAGACAUCCGGGCUUCGAAGAACAGUUGGAUGGAAGAUGUGUUCGGUUUUUACAUUGUGGAUUACCAACCUAAUAUUCUGUGUGGAUGGAUCUCCGGCAAAAAUGCUCGUAGAAUGGAACGAAUCAGCGACGAAGACGUUCGUAAGGCAUGCUUGUUUUUACUGAGAAAAUUUGUGCGAAAUACCACUAUCCCCGAGCCGGUAUCCUUCCGACGCACACAAUGGUAUUCAAAUCCAAACUUCCGUGGCUCGUACACGUUCCGUUCGCUGACGACGGAUUUACUGAACACUUCGGCUGAACAUUUGGCCCUCCCGCUGUCCAAUGCCUGCGGUAUUCCGGUGGUGCAGUUUGCUGGAGAAGCAACCCAUAACCACUACUACUCCACCGUGCAUGGUGCAAUUGAAACCGGAUGGCGUGAAGCGAAUCGACUGGCAAGUGUUUAUGAAAGGCUUUACACCAAUCAAUUUGAAAGUGGACCGAAAGCUUACGUGGACGUGCUGAUUUUGGGAGCUGGCAUAGCAGGACUGGGAGCUGCCAAAACUCUGCGUAACUCAGGUAAAAGUUUUGCCAUACUAGAAGCUCAAUCUGUCGCAGGAGGUCGAAUCAAUACACUUCCAAUGAAAGCCUUUGGUGGAUCAACUAAUCAAGGACCUCGAGUAGAUGGCGGAGCUCAAUGGCUGCAUGGGAAACAAAACGAGCUUCACGAAAUAGCGAUGAAAAAUGACUUACUCAGAGAUGAACUAUCGGAAGAAGGCCUCGGAGCGUACCUUAGAGAUGAUGGAUAUCGAAUUGAUGAUUUUUUAGUGAAAAAAGUAGAUUUUUUCAUUGGGCAAGUGCUGGAGGAAUGUGAAAAAUUCGCUGUUAAAGGGAGUAAACAGUUUCCAUCUUCAGUAGAUGUCUUUCUCCGAGAACAGUUUAGGCAAAGAGCCAAGGACAUGUUCGAGGCUUGCGAACAAGAUUUGGCUGCGCAGCUGUUGGAGUGGCAUAUUCGCUUUCAAAUAAUAGAUAACUCUUGUUUAAGUUUGAACGAUGUUUCAGCAAAACUUUGGGGAAAAUAUUCUUUCAACGGAGAAAACUGUCAAGCACAUAUCAACAUGAAACAUGGCUUUGUGGAGCUUGUAGAUUGUCUAAUAAACGACAUCGGAUUAGAUAAAGUCCUUUGCGGCAAAAAGGUGACCGAGAUCCGUUGGAAAGAUUUGAAAUCCCGAAUAGUCGUAAAAUGUGCAGAUGGAACUACCUUCAGCUGCCAGCAUUUAAUAGUCACCUUCUCUCUAGGAGUACUUAAAGCAACCUUUAACAAACUCUUCUAUCCAGCUCUUCCAAAAUCCUAUCGAAGAUCGAUCCGAAAUAUUGGAUUUGGAACAAUCAAUAAAAUUUUCCUUCAAUUUGACAACGCGUGGUGGGGAAAAAGUGAAGGUAUCCAGCUAAUUUGGAGAGACAAUCUAGGGAAGGACUCACACUGGACUAGAUUCAUUUCUGGAUUCGAUGUAGUAUUCCCAGGACCUUCGCACACACUUCUAGGUUGGGUCGGUAGUUAUGGAGCCCUAGAGAUGGAGAAACUGUCCGACGAGCAAAUUGUAAACGAUUGUUUAUUUGUAUUGGAAAAGGCUACAAGAAAAAUGAUACCUCCGCCGAUCUUUUAUCUUUGUACCCGUUGGAAUUCAAACGAAUUCAUUCGUGGUUCAUACAGCUAUACUUCCAUCCACUGUGAUUAUGAGCCAGGCUUCCUACAAUCACUAACGGAAUCUCUGCUGUGCGAUAGAUAUGACAGGGUAACGGGGGAAGCAAAUUCAAGGAGCCCCACCCCGAUCACAAUGGAAACAUCAACCAGCAUACACUUUGCUGGGGAAGCCUGCCAAGAAAAAUACUUCUCAACGGUACACGGAGCGUUUCUGUCCGGUGUUGAGCAGGCGAAAAAAAUAUUUUAAAUUUUUGCUACUCUGUUUCUUCCUAUGAACUGUCGCUCAAAACAAGGAUGUUGUUUACUAAAAAAAGUUUAAU